GGCGUUGCUGUUAACGAUACCAAGUGAGGCGCCGCUGUACCCGUUCGCAUAGGACCAUCAAUGCUGCAGAUACCAUGCCGAAUGUGCGGAACAUACACACCAAGGCAGAGACCGCGUACCGCGCCGCGUAUAAGCAAGAACCAACCAACACACCGUUACGGUUACGAUCUUCAGUUUUCGGUCGGUCGCCUUAGUGUUGAGACGUAAUUUACGCAUUUAUGAAUGGUACCUACCAACCUACCUAGUGGAAACUGGAGGAGUACUCCCGGAACAAAUAACAUAUAAUGGGUGAUGGAUACAAACGGAGUGAAGAAAAGAGUUAUUAAAUUUGAUCACAAAGUGUUUUUGGAGUAGCUGAAGCAUAGUGACGGUACAUUGGGGCACGGCAAAGGUGCCGAAAUUCAAAAUAGUAGUAUCGCAGGAGCGCGCACUUGUCAGGAAAUAAGCGAAUAAUAAUUAGAGAAGGAAGGAAUUCAAAUUAGGUAAUACAACCACCACCGCCAGUGAGUGUGCAAAGUGUGACCCAAACUAGGCAACAAUGAUUUUAAUUAGUGAAAUGCAUCGAAAGAAGUAGUUCUCCAGAGUUGAACGUACAGGCAGAAACUGAAAAGUUUUUUUUUCCCGUCUUGCAUACACCACAUCAGCGCGCUUCCUCCAAAUGAGCCAAAUCUGUCGUGUUAGUUGCGCUGGCAAACAUCGCCGGCACCAAAUAUUCGGGUAGAGAAACUCCCAAUGGUUAAACAUUUUUAUGGCGCUGUUAUUAUUUCGAUUCUGCCCUGUGUUCGCGAUAGGAUUACUCUUGCUGAAUGGAUUUGCGGUACUACCAGCAUCUGCAUUCGUUAACGAAGCUGGUCCAGACCGACUUCGGCUCACGGUGUCGCCGCCUGCACACGUAAUUAUAACGGCCACCAAGAACACGCCCGUCUACCUGCCAUGCCACGCCGAAGCCGUCGUCGACCCGAACGAGUUGGGCGUCGACUCCGAUAUGGACCUGGACCAGGACCUGGACGAGGUCGAGUACGACGAGAACAACGGCAACGAAGAGGUGGACAUCCUGAAUCCACCGCACAUUGAACGCAAAGGCUUCUACGAGGACACGUUCGAUCUGCACAAUCUCGCGCACGAAAACAUAGACCCCAACGGCCAUGGCAACGAUCUGGACGAGGAAGCCGACGAAGAGUACGACGAGGACGACCAGUCGAGCCGGUAUCGACGGUCGUCCUACGGGCGCGACGAGCUGAUCGAGUAUGUGUGGUACAGGAAUGGGUUGGAGUUCUUCAGUACGGCGUUCCAGAACCAGAAUCACAAACAAACGCACAAGGGGUUUCGCUUGUUUCCUAAUGGAACCCUCAAGAUACCGUACAAUCGACAGAUGAGCAACAUUUCGGCUGGGGUGUACCGGUGUAGGGCAAAUUUGACGCGGCACGGAAGCGGUUCAAUUCUUUCAACGGAAAGCGUGGUGUCUAUAGCAUAUUUGGAACGAAACAAUUUACUGAUUUCCGAGAACAACACCAUAAUGGCUAGCACUCACCAAUCAUUAGUACUACACUGUCCAUUCGAUAGCCAUCCACCGGCAAACAUUACAUGGAUAGUGAACAGAACUCAAAUAAUCGUCAACAACUACGCAGUGGGACCGCAUGAGAACAGAUACUAUCAAUUACAAAAUGGAAGCUUGCUCGUUACUGACAUGCAUAUGUCUGACGCUGGUCGUUACCGAUGCAAUGCUUCGAAUAACUUUUCCGCGAAAACCCUCCGUAGCUAUGGAUAUGUUGUUGCAAUAAAACCGGCAUCCACCUCCAAUUUGGCAAAUCGAUUACUUCCGAGAAUGCAGCCACAAAAUAUAAGCAUUCGUGCCGGUUCCACUCUCAAACUGAACUGUGCUGGCGAAAGUGGCCGUCCUCGGUGGACUUUUAUUCCUCGACAAAGCAAGAUACCUAUCAAUCUGGUCAACUUCACGUACCAAUUGCUCUUCACUAACGUAUCUGUAGAUAAGCACGAAGGUGUCUACAACUGCUCCUUCGGUGAUGAUUAUCAGUUGUAUAACGUAACGGUGCUGAUGCUGCCGACAUUUCUUAACAAUAUGACCUCCUACACUUCCUCGGUUGUUGCAUCGAUGUCAUUUAACUGCAGUGCGAAUGGAAAUCCUGCCCCGCGCAUCACGUGGUUCAAGAAUGGUCGAGAAAUCAAAAACAACCAUAUUGUACAUUUCAACUAUCCGAUCCUUCGGAUCAACACUAUUGAUCCGGAAGAUGAAGGUCUGUAUCAGUGCAUUGCUAAAAAUGAAGCCGGAGAAGCUAGCGUUUCGAUGUACCUUUCGAUAAGGGACAAAGACCGAUACCGACGUUUGUCUCGACGACCCGAAAGCAUCCAGUGUUUUCCUAUCGAUACCACCAGUUUGUACGUACGUUUCGAACGUGGCUUACAGCAGAUGAACACAGAUUACGCCAUGUAUUACCUCGCGUCGAGCAGUCCCCACAGCUGGUUCAGUUCUCCACCGACACAGCUGAUGACGAACAACAGUUUGAAGAUCACCGGCCCCAUGGUGGUUCCGUUCCGCAACUACACCGUAUAUCUGCGAACGUGCUCGGUGUCCAGUGUUCCGGAUGCGGAGAAUACUGGACCGGCCGGCAAGAAGCAGGUUAUCCCGUCGAAGUUGUCCAAAGGGGUGCAGUGCGCUUCACAAGGAGUACCGGUACUGUCCAUAUUUUUUUCCAAUGGAAUCUUCAUAUGGUGGCCCCGGUUCUCCGGUGUGGAACCCACUGCCUACACCAUCCAGCUCAAGCACAACGACACGACGGCCCUUCCGUUCGACGCACUGCAAAUCAACGGAACCACCCAAAUACUGGAUGACUACAUAACGCAUGAAGAAGUGGAGCCCCUGCUGACGAAGAUACCCAUCACCGUCAGGGAAACGCGCGAAAAUGUGCUGGACGAGUCGUCGGACAAAAAACGACGGAAACGACGGCGGCGAGCCUUCGAUUCGCUGACGGGGACACAGCUGGAUUUGGAAUCGGCUGAUGCAAGCGUGGGCGUGGCAGGUCAUCACGAUAAGCACGAGAUAAAAUAUCGUCAGGUGCUGGUCACACAGCUGAAGGUUCCCGGCAACGUGACGGGCGUCUUUAUUCCGAACACUAAGAACGUCAAUGUGCGCAUUUUGGGAUCCACGGCAGAGGAUGGGGAACCUAUGGUGCAAGAUUUGCAUUAUAUCCAAUGGAAAACGAUUGAUACUUCCGUUCGACGACCUGAUGCUGUCAAUCGGUUCCAAACUAGUCACGUAGACGUUCGGAGUGUUCAGUUCACUUGGAGCCGCUUCAUCGCUACCGAUCUUCUCAACAAGUGUCUAAUGUUGUGCUAUAAAAAUGUCAAUCAUGAUGUUUUUAUACGAGGGGGUUCCAACAGAAUCAACUGUGUGAACAUACCGAAAGACGCGAUGCAUUUCAAUUUGGUGGGUUUAUUGCCAUUUACCUCAUACAAAGCUUUCCUGAAGCCUUGCUAUUCUAAGGAGCCCAUCAGCGAUGUCUUGGACUUUCUAACUAAACAAGAUGUUCCUGGGCCUGUCACAAACCACGGUUUAAUACGCAAGGAUGGUAUUACGCUGACUUGGGGUCCACCGGAGAACAGAAAUGGACAACUGCAGGGAUAUCUGAUCCAGUGGAUUGACAAAGAUAAUGUAAACCAUUCGGUCAAACUCACGAUCGACACCAAUCACUUUCAGUUUCCGAAUGUUUCCACUGAUGACAAAAUCAAUAUUUCCAUCAUGGCCAUUGGUAGUACCGGGGUAGGCAUACCGAUCUAUGUGAAAAUGAUGAAUCAAAUAGUGGAAGUAACUGAACCUGAGCCCCAAGAAUAUAUUCCAUGGAUCGAGAUUGGCAUUGGUGCAUUUAUGGUCAUAUUCUUGCUACUGUUCUGCUGUAUUUUGGUAAUCCAUAGAAAAAACUGCAAAAAAGCUCAACGAAAUCAAGCAGCAGCUGCGACAACCUCGGCUCUACAGAUGCAUCCCGUUAACUGCAAUGCCGAUAUCCAUGAAAUGCAAACUCUUAUCGGAACCUCCGAGCAACUACCAGUAUUAAUACCAAAUGGAACAUACAAACAACCAGAAUCUCAGCUACCCUCAAGCAAUCAACAAUCUGCACAUACUUUCGGAUCUAACCGGUUUCCUCACGCCAACUCAAACCCUUCCAGCAACAAUCCAGAAACUCAAAAUGGAAAAUCUCGUCUCUUAUUUCUAAACAGAAAUGGACUUUUGCAAAAACCAACCAACUCUUCCUCAGCCUGUGCCAGUCUUCUUCCACUCCAGAAACCAACAUUACCCUCACACGUUUUAGGUAGCAGCAUAAAUGAACCCCUGAAUCCUGUUUUAAAAAUCAACAGCAGUAGCAGUAAUCUCGGAGAGGAACCGGAACCGAAACCUAUCGCCAUUAGUAGUAAUAGUAUUUAUCGUAGUACCAAUAGUAGCUAUCAAAAUAACGACGGACACUGCGAGGAGCCACGUGGAGGCUAUAACGUGAGCGGUGGCUGCCCACAACACAUGACCUUAACUACGGGUGACCCAAAUCAACUGCAACCGAUACAUUCCUAUAGACCAGCCGUAACCACAACUUCCUCCCUCGCUACUACCGCUCCAACAGUUUUGGCCAUUAACGCCAUCUCAACCACCGCGGAACGUGAACCAAGUUCUGCCGCUACCUCGACGUCCGCCUCAAAUCUUUCGAGCACUUCGAUUAGAUCGAAUGGUUCCUCCUCCUGCUCGGUUCAAUCCCAGCAACAACAAGAACAACAAAGUGUAAAUCCUCAGCUACAGCAGCCCCAACAUCGAACCGUCAAGUACGGCAGCAGUUACGAUCCUGGGAGCAACGGUGUCGAUCUUGCUGCAGCAGUACGGAUUACGGAGAAUCCACAGUAUUUGAAGAACAAAGCCACUCCGGCAGGAUACCACUCUCCAGCAGCCGUUCUGAACACUUCGCUGUUCGAUAGUAGCCAACGUAGAUUAUUAGAUUUAACGAUAGAUAGUAAUAGUAUAGAACUGUACGACGAUGAUGAUGUAACUAACUGUGAUCAAAACGACGAUGCUAACCAAUCAAAUACCUCUACACACAACCUCCCGAGUAGUGAAUGCUCAUCCCUACCGCACCACCACCACCACCACCCACAGCAGCAGCAAUUAUCCGUACGAAUGCGGUUAGCUCCCGCGUCCGAAAGUGAUCUGGAAGAAACGGAAUGCAACAACAACAACAACAACAACGAGCACCAGCGAGCCGGCUACCACAGUGGUUGCCUUCGGCUGUCGCCCCUUCACCGGCAGCAUUUGCUCAACUCCAGUAGUCCUCCUUGCGGUGGCGGCGGCGGCAACCACAACGAAUGCGUCCUCACCAGCCACGAUGAGGAGGACGACGACCUGCACCACCUGGAAGAACUGGACAACUCUUCGUCCCUGCUGAACGAGAGCAGCCUCAGCACGAAGCCCCUCCAUCAGCAGCAUACCUCCAGUUGGAACUUUCGGCGGCCCAUUGUCGGCCCGAACGGUUAGUUACGCCCCGGCGGCUGUCGUCGGCUAGAUCGAAAUUUAGAUCAUCCUUAUCACCAUCGUCAUCGUCGUUAUCGUUCACUAGCAGCACCCGAACGACCGUUUCAAACAUGUGAUCGCUACCAAUAUCGCCACAAAGUAAGAUGACCUAUUUGCAUGCACUAAUUAAUUAUCUAUAUUAUCUCAUUCAUACUUUGUGCUUUGGCUGAAUGGAACCAUUUAUUCAUAAGAGCAAAUCAACGUUCGGAACGAACGCUCCAUUGGGGAAGAAAGAUGUUUUUAUUUUAUUUUGACCUAAAUUUAAUGCUUAGUAAGAUUUGAUAGGAGAACCGUGAGCAUAAUAUUGAUUGAACCAUGAGGCUUCUUCUUUUACCUAUCGGCACAUUUGGGAAUUAUGUUUACGAUUUUGUGUAACGUUUGACGAAGUUCUAAAAGGUUUGCAUUCAUCACACCAGCAAACAACGGAUAAAAGUUUUUCUGUUUCAAAAUUCCAAAUUUAACUGCUUUUGCUUCACAAAAAGAAAAACAAAAGGAAAAGAAAAAUUAACAAUCGUCAUCUAACACACGAUCAUUGUCAGAGCGGAGGCGAAUUUGCUAGAAAAAGUUUUUCUGCGAAUGGUUCAUUAUAGGUAUUUAACAACAUU